AUGCUAAAAGCAGUUACGACUGAAGAUCCACAGCUAAAUGAGCUACAGUUUCCAAGGCUUAAGCUCCAUUUCCACGUCCACUUGAAAGGACUCCAGGUUUCGGCAGCGUUUUUCAACGUCCUCCUAUUGGUGAGCACUGCCACCAAGUGGUCGAUUUAUUAUGUGCACUUUGACCGUCUUUUCAUUUUACUCCUGCCUUUCAGUGUGUCGGCCUUGUCUGCAUAACCAUCAGUAUCUCCGUUACCCUGCUGGCAAAUUAUGUAGUGAGGGCAUUCCCCUUUAAUUUGGCCACAGCGUCGAUCCUGCUCCUCCUUCUUGGGGUUUUCACUUCCGUGGUCAGUCUUUUCACCCCGGCUGAGCUGCGGAAGAGAAGAGACAGGGCGGUGGGCAAGGUAGGAACACGAUCAUUACGUAUCCCCUCAAAAAACGUUCUAUUCUAGUACACUGUGGCGGUGGUGGUUAUUCUGUUCUUCCUGUGUGGCAUAAUUGUCGGUCUCUUUCAGGGAGCCCAGCGAGUCAGUAAAUGAAAAAUGUUUGAAGUAACUUUAAAAACUUUAGAUGCAAAUGUUGGCUGAAGUCAGAAUUCACCGGAUUUAUGACGAGAAAAACCAUUCAGUCUAUGCACGAACGUCUGUAUUUUUGACAGAAAAUCAGGUGAGUGCCUGAAAUCUUCCAAAGCAAACCUGCUAUAUGUGUCCUUAAGUUACAUUGUUGUGGCCGCGACAGAUCGGACUUCUAUCCAACCGACAAUUUACCAAUCAGUUGUUGUGCGGAUCUCACUACUAAAUGUACUGCUGACAAGGCUUUUAAACUGGUAAAUCUGUGAUAUUAUGUAUUUUUACUAUCUACUCCUUGCCAUUUAUCCAUGAAAACUUUCGUAAAAAGCAAACAGUUAAACGAUCCACCACUGGAAACAUUUCAUUACUCAAAUCUAAUUCGAGCUACGAAGAUACUACUUCGGCUGGACAAAUUCAAACUAAGGAACUAACACGCUAGACACAGACAGUUGUUUCACUGUUAUUACUGAUCAUAAGUACGCCAUAUGAGGCACGAGGUAUAAAAACUUGCCAGGUACGCGCGUAACCCCCACUUGUUGUGUUUGGGAUCUUGCUGGAUUAGACAGACAGAAUGGGAUUGGGCAAGACUCUAACCACAAUAAGUGAGAGUAACAUUCCUACUUGACAAAAUUCAGCCUCUGUUUGGCUUAGUUGGCAGGAAGUAAUCCUAUCCCUUGGCUCUUAGGGAUUUCCAAGAAUGUCUAUAAUUUUUUGAGACCAUUAAAGAUACUAAUUCUUCGUUCAAAAUUAGCUAACAUUCGUGCUCUGCGAAAUCAUAUUGUAUGAGAUCGAGCCAAGCCGAAGUCGAACUGAGCGUUAAAGCAACUGUUAUAUGGUGAAAAGUACUCGGUGACAAAGUUUUGCAUGGGUCUGUGCAGCGGUGUUUGCCUCCAAACGGACUACAGUACUGUUGGGCUAGACGCAACGCGGCCAUAUUAGUUUAUUUCAUGUGUUCUUCGAGUUGCUCGGAGUCUCCGUGAGUCUUUAAUUCUCGCCGUGAAUGUGCACGGCGCCAUACCGACGAGGGCUCACGCUGUCCUUCAUUGAACCCAGUUUCAUCCCUGGCCGGCCUGACUUGGGACAUAAGAGGAAAAGAAGAGGAGGUUAGGUGGCUUCGGUCUUCUGACAAUCGUGAAUUGGAAUGUUGACCCUGAGGAGAUAACUCGGUUCUACUAAGGCUUGCGAGUCCGGCUAUGGUAGCUUCUUCUUAUAGGACCUUUACGGCUCUCAGUUUCCUGAAGUCAAGGCUCCCACUUCCUCUAUAGUCUUUUUCGUGUAAACUUUAGGACCAGAUCGCGUGCCACGCGCAUAAACGGAUUAUUUGUCCUCGUAAGUCAUCUAAACGGGAGUAGGCGAUGUGCUGGCUUACUGCACCAAUAGAAAAUGUACAUUUAUGUUAGAAGUUUUUCCUCAGGUCAGUGACGGACCACGCCGGAUGCAAGUCCCCGGAUUUCGUAAUUAACUAAAUGGAUGACUUGAACAUGCGGGAAAGUAGGCGAAUAAAGUGAAAACAAACUGCAAAGUAUUAUAGACAUCCACCCACUUAGGAUAUCUUCCUAUGUUCGAAAGGAGAGCAGCCUGUCCGCGUUAGAAAAUAUAUUGACUAAACGGCAAAAUUUCCUUUUCAGCCUGAUAAUUAGAGCCCUUUACAACUUUCCGACAGCUUUCGUUACACUUAGGUCAAGGUGGUGGUCUGUAUUUCAAAAUAGACGCAUGUUUUUCAACCCCGCCAGCAGCCAAUUUUCUUCUUCAACAUCUGUUAUAUCGCUCAUCGGCAUCGCCUCUGUAUGUUUGAGCGCAGCCUACAAAACCAGUUUAGGUUAGCAGUGUACAAAUAAAUUAAACAACGGCACUAAUGGUCGAGAAUUUCUUGUGUUGGUAUUCUUCGUUGUAGCUUUACUGAUCGGGCUUCCAGAGGAAAACCUCCAAACCCUGAACAUUACACAAUUCUCUAUUUUCAUGGUUAAAAACAUCGAUUUUCAUAUAACCUCAGUCCAUAUAUCUUCAAAGUCACUUGGAAUGUGUGUUCAUGAAUCUAUCCUGAUUGUAGUAUGGAAUACAGAUGAUUCCGUUCUGAACUGCAGCUCUAGUUUCGGCACUUUGUCUGUAAUUAAUUCAAACAAUUUUCUACAUUUAGCAAAAAAUCACAGACUUUUUUUGCCUUUGACGUAAGCCAAUUGGCUGAUUUGAGUACAGAGUCAAACAUUAUGUUAGAAAUAAAAACCUGCCCUGCAUUUACUUGGCGAAGCAUCAGGCAUGACAAAUAAAUUUCUGAUCGGAAUUUAUGGAUACUGCUUCAAAGUGUGUAGGAUCAGACCAAUUUUGUCUUUCAUGUCCGAUAAAAGUCUCAGCAUAAAAUAUCAUGCUACGAAGGGUUUAUAAAUGAGAAACCGUUAUUUUAAAAGUAACAACAGCAACUAAUCACCAUUUCUGUUACGUUUGCCUUCCGCUGGUCAUGAAUGCAGCAGCCAAUUCCACUGGCUUCUCCUAGUAAUUUUAUUAGCAACUGCUUCAAAGUUAAUCAGUGAUAUUUGGUGAAACCCAACGAUGUAGCGACUUACCCUAGCUUAUAAACGCAGUAAUAAGAUUUGGUAAUUGAUUUGCUUAAGAGACGACUGGAGGCUAUCUUUCACGUCGAAUACCUGUAACGGUGAGUUUUUUAAGGCAGCUCAUUUCGAGGACUGACUGUUUUGCAUUCAUGGUCAGUCGCACUAAUUGCCUUUAAGGUUAGGUCUUGCGGCCCCAGAAAAUCGGUGAAACGCGUGCUCGUAUUGGGAGUGAGCUGAGACGAACAUCCGUUUAAAACUCACUCUAAUGCUAAAUUCGUCGGUGGAAACCUACAGCUUUCCACUGACUUUAAUAACAUUCAAGUAGUAUGUUCCAAUAAAACUUAAAGACGGACUCGAACAGCUGUGUUGUCACACUGAAACCUGGAGUUAUCCCGAAAAUCAAGUAGGGCACGCCAGGCGAUCCUCAGUGGAACCGAAUUCCCAGUGGUUUCCACUACAGCUACCAGUUUAAAAGGCGCUCCCUAUUGCUAAUUCUUGUGUUCUGAGCAUGUGCAUGGACUCUAGAGAUAUAUUUGCGGAUGCGAACACACGCUCUUCUCCGAAGUUUCUAGUAUUUGCGUUAAACGCUUGUAUGGACUGAAGAAGUCUUCUUUCACGGAAUUAAUGUUAAGGCAGCCCAUCAUUUUGGAAGAAACUAUAUAAUUGGGAUUGACAUCAUUACUUCAUCGUUUGAUGGGUAACCUUUUCAUUACAUGCGCCGACCCCAUGUGGCCGAAAUCCCAGGGUAGAUGGCCCCUUCGACAGUUAAGUGGCUGAAGACUAGCCUGGGCAGUCUACUUCAACGUCUCUUAGGGCUUCCUGUUUCGUCAGAUUUUGCGGUGACUUAAAUUAAAGAGACUUUAAAACCGCAAAAAUACUAACAGAGCCUUUUAUGAGGAUGAAGUACAGUAACUGCAAUAGGUGUCAGGUCAAUAAACUACAGAUAUUCUGGCAAAUAAGUAGACCUGCUCUCUCAACAACAGCGACAUGUACCCAAUUUUCACUUUAUGACACUGUAUCCGGUUCAUAUUGCUAUUGAUUGAUAAGGCGGAAUUAAUAAACAGCUUAGCGAUUAAGCAGCCAGAGAAUAAAACGUGCUGCUACUGCCUUCCCUUAAGACAUGUAACAGUGUGAACCAAAAUGCUACCUGCGUCAGCUAACUGGCACACGUACAGUGAAAACUAGUGUUCAACAUAAAAGGAAUGCAAACAACGACGGGAAGGUUGGAGCAAGCAUUUUCGGAUUUGCUGUUGUCAUCAGCCAGCCAUGUUCAACUGCGGUCCAAGAGAAGUAUAGUUUUAAUCCAGACCAAAUGGUCCUCACUCAUAUGAGCCAAUUGAGGCGCUCACUCACGACUCGUAGGUCUUGAUCUAGAAUACUCAAUUUUACGUAGAGUUUGUACCUGUCCGCUUGAGGGGAGGAACACGCCGGUUCCGUCCCGUCGGGAAGCUCCAGUUUAGGUUUCUGACAGGCGGUUACCUGGCGCCAGACAACUUAAUGUAGAAGGAGUACUAACAAAGUGAACGGAGUCUAAAACAGUUCUUUAUAGCUCAUGUGUCAUGGAUGCGCAGACAGUGGCCCGAAAGUUUGCGUUUUUCUCAUUUAAUUGCGGAAUCGAUUUUUUUCGAAUCCACUGAGUAUGGCCCUCAUACCUUAGGCUAUAAUAAAUGCACAAAAAUAUUAGUAUUUUCUGUAAAGUCCGUUUGGUAUCUGCCUUGAUCGGUGGUGAUCGAAGUUAAUCUGUUAUUUAUUCGCUAUUCUACAUACUGGCAAAGCUUCCAAUUUAUGCAAGGAUGUCUCAUAAACUUUCUCAAUCCUUGAAAACACUCAAUCUUCCGUACAUAGAUGUAAGUAGAAGAGGCUUACUGCCCAAAAAGCUUUUUUAAUUCUAGGUGUUUCUCGGGAAAGUGUUAAAACUCACGCACGGGCUCAUCAUAAAAUUGUAGGCCAAACUUUAAAUCGAAAUGCAAAAUGUGGUUUGGUCAGUGUGUGCACACCUCUGGUGAAAGACAGUAGGGGUCAAGUGGCAUAAUGUGUGUGUGAGAGGGGGCGGUUAUUAAGCUUACUUCGCCCUUGCUGGUGCCCGUCUACUGACGUCAAAAUAACUUAUUAUAACUAUAAAGGUCUAGUAAGGAAAAUGGUUCAGCAAUAAAAAUCUAAGGCUGCCAUUGUGGAAUACCUAAUGAGGCUCGAUAAAACCACUCAGCCGAAUGCUAGUUUUAAUAAAUGCGCUGGUUUCGGAUGAGUUCGACAGUAAAUCAGUAGAUUUGGGGCGCCACAUGACUUAUGAGAAGUAGAACUGUCAUGCGCCUCAUUUUUAAUGUUCUGUUGUUGAAUUCUUCUUCCCAUUCGCAAAAUUUCUUAUUCCAGGCAUGGUCUAAAACCUCCAUUUAUAGAGCUGCUUCUAGCGCGAACUAAAUUGUCGUUAAAUUAUUCUAGUUAUUGUCGGCAGAGGACUAUAGAUCAUCAAUCCCCACUGCAAGCCAUUACUCAUUCAAAUUUUCUGCGUUUGUUAAACUCUCUGUAGGCUAAACGAAAUGGCUAACACCAUUUUACGGUCUCACACACUCAUCUUCACUCGGCCCACAUGGUGUCUACUUUUUUGCUUUAGUUCGAGAGGAUUCACACGCAGCUAGUGCGCUAGCCUGUAACCUUUUCAUAGGGCUUUGCACAUGCGAACAUUAUCAUGUGGUAUUUGCUAACAGACCUUUGUUUUCUUAUUCAAGGGUUGUGUUGACUCAAUGAAGAAACUGAUUCAUGGACGGCUUAUUGGAUUCACGACCAUUUUACUUAUCUGCUUGUUCCCUCUUCUUGGCGCCAUUAUCAACGGUUUCGUGUUGUAUUUGUACCUCAGAAAAGUGAAGGCGGCAGCGGACGCUGAAUUUAGUAGUUAA